UUACAACAUCUACCUCCAUUUGUCUGACACUACCUGUGCCUUAACCAGUGGCAUCCUUGGCCCUAAAUGUACAUCCCUUUUCACGUGGCACGCCAUUUUAUUUCCUUCCCUCCGUACAAGCCUCCGUACGAUACGUACCGCACCAUCCGUACUUUUAUUUAUUCGACAUAAGACGAGUUUCUAAUCCAAGUCAAGUCCAAGUCGGAGCCCCUUAAUGCUGGUAUUUUCGAGGAGGGCAGCCGGCGGCGUCUCGACUGUCGCGAUAAAAGGGAUAAAAGCAUUUCGUACACGUCUAAACUCGGCCGCAAAUUUUUCGACGAUGAAAUUUCAGUACCCGACACCGAGACGCGACGAGAGCGUCGUCGACAAGUACCACGGCGUCGAAGUCCGAGACCCUUACAGGUGGAUGGAAGACCCGGACAGCGAGGAAACCAAGGAAUUUGUGGAUGCCCAAAAUGCAGUGACAACGCCGUUCCUCGAGAAAUGCAAGGAUAGGCCAAAGAUAAAGGAAAGGCUGAGAGAACUAUACGACUACCCUCGGUUCGGAUGCCCGAACAAGCACGGAAGCCGGUAUUUUUUCUACAUGAACACUGGGCUUCAGAAUCAAAGCGUGCUAUACGUCCAGGACUCGCUGGACGCGGAUCCCAGGGUCUUCUUCGACCCCAACGAGCUGUCCGAAGACGGCACGGUGUCCAUGAGCACGACAAGCUUCUCCGAAGAUGGCGAGCUGUUCGCCUAUGGCCUCAGCUACAGCGGCUCCGAUUGGAUCAAAAUCUAUGUGAAAAACGUGGCGACGGGAGAGAUCUUCCCCGAAGUCCUGGAGAAGAUCAAGUUCACCAGCAUGUCCUGGACCCAUGACAAUAAGGGCUUCUUUUAUGGGAAAUACCCGGACAGUAUCGCCAAGGCGGACGGCACCGAGACGGACAGCGCCAAGGACCAAAAGCUCUACUACCACCGCGUGGGCACCCCGCAGUCAGACGACGUCCUCUGCGUCGAGUUUCCCAAGGAGCCCAAGUGGCGCAUCGGCGGCACGGUGAGUGACUGCGGCAAGUACCUGGUGGUAACGGCCCAGGAAGGCUGCAAGGACAACAUGGUGUACGUCGCCAACCUCGAGAAGUUGCCCAACGGCAUCGAAGGGGAGCUGCACCUGGACUGCAUCGUGGGGAAGUUUGAGGCAGAGUAUGACUAUGUGACUAACGAGGGGACGGUGUUCACCUUCCGGACAAACAAGGGUCACCCCCGUUACGCCCUGGUGAACAUCGACCUCGCCAACAGUGCCGAGGCGUUCUGGCAGGACCUGAUCCCCGAGGACAACAAGGACGUGCUUGACUGGGCGACGUGCGUCGACAAGGACAAGCUGGUGGUGUGCUACCUUCGCGACGUCAAGAAUGUGCUGCAGCUGCACAGCCUUGCAACGGGUGCCAAGAUUGCAGACUUUCCGCUGGAAGUGGGGACCGUCAGCGGUUACUCCGGCAAGAAGAAGGACUCCGAGAUCUUCUACCUGUUCACGUCCUUCCUGACGCCCGGAACCAUCUACCACUGUGAUCUCAAGAAGGAGCCGCUCAGCCCCAAGGUGUUCAAGAAGAUCACGCCCCCGGGAUUCGAUGGCAGCAAGUUCGAGGUGAAGCAGGUGUUCUUUGAGAGCAAGGACGGCUGCAAGGUGCCCAUGUUCAUCGUCCGGAAGAAGGGGCUCCCCGACAACUCUCCCUGCCUGCUGUACGGCUACGGAGGCUUCAACGUGAGCCUGCAACCGUACUUCAGCGUCUCGCACCUGCUCCUCAUGCAGCACCUGGGCUUUGUCUUUGCGCUGGCCAACCUUAGGGGCGGAGGGGAAUACGGGGAGACUUGGCACAACGGGGGCCGUCUGCUCCACAAGCAAAACGUCUUCGAUGACUUCCAGUCUGCCGCAGAGUACCUGAUCAAGAACAAGUACACCUCCAAGGACAAGCUGGUCAUUCAGGGCGGUUCCAACGGUGGACUCCUGGUGGCUGCGUGUGCCAAUCAACGUCCGGAUCUUUACAAGUGUGUCAUCUCUCAAGUCGGCGUGAUGGACAUGUUGCGCUUCCACAAGUUCACCAUCGGCUACGCGUGGACAUCCGACUACGGGAGCUCAGACGACGAGAAGAUGUUCCAGUAUCUUCACAAGUACUCCCCGCUGCACAACAUCAGAGUGCCCCCGGAGGCGGUGCAGUACCCCAGCAUGCUCCUGCUGACAGCGGACCACGACGACCGGGUGGUGCCCUGCCACUCGCUCAAGUUCAUCGCCGAGCUCCAGCACGCCGUCGGAAAGUCCGACAAGCAGACAAACCCCCUGAUGAUCCACGUGGACACCAAGGCAGGGCACGGUGCUGGGAAACCCAUCUCCAAAGUGAUUGACGAGCUCACGGACACCUACAGCUUUGUGAUAAACUGUCUCGGAAUCGAGUUUCAGGAGUAAGCAGCAGCUACGAGGGGCUUUCCUACAACGACGUUUUCUAAACGAGCCUUCAUUGUUUUCUUUUUACUCAUACCUAUCGUAAUAUCCCGAAAGGCGGCCCACCCUCAAUGCCUACACAGUUUCCCCGUUGUUGAGAUAACGCCGAAAAUAAGGUCGCCUGGGACCAAACUUAAAAUCUGCUCAAGGGUGAUGUGAAUUCCUGUGUCAAAAUUGUAAUCUUUUGCCCAGUUUUCAUGAACCAUUUUGCUGACAAUGGGACAAAUAAUGAUGAAAGCAUGUCUGUUUCUUUUUUAUUGAUCUACUGCACCGACUCAUUUUGAGGCUGCAAACUCGUGUAUUUGUGUUCUGAAAGCCAUAGUGGUUGAUCGUUUAAACUGACUUGAAGACAAUUACUGAUCACAUUGACCCCUUCUGAGGAUGGGAAAUCUCGUGUUUCUUUUUUGAAGUUGUUUGUGAGCGUUCAUUUGACGGACUCAAAGACGAUUAGACAAAGGAAUAGAAACAAAGUUCUUUUCCUGUUUAUUUUUUUUUUAAGUCAUUCGUUUUUGGGAGGGGGCCACCUUUUGGGAUAUGACAGUAGUUUUUAAGAAAAGAUAAUAAAGUUUGAGACUUGGUAACAGGUCUCGACAUUAAAGACUCUUC